CCGAUUCUGCUCUUCUUCUUCCCGCUGCAGCCACCCGGAGAAAAAAAAAAAAGGGGAACCCAGCCAUGCUUGAGAAACUAGUGAGAUAAGCUUGGUUUUCUCCUUCUUUUCUUGUUCUAGAACCUGAUUUGGAACCCAGAAAUCUCCUUCCCCUGUUGGAAAAUCCGGAUCUGCCUUGCUCUGUCCGCCGGCUGCUGCUGCUAGGCCCGAAAUUCUGGGCAUUUUUCUGACCCGUGAGUUUCUCCCCUGCACUGCCGCUGGCUUCUCCCCCUUGCUAGGCCCGGUUCUGCAGCUGCUAAAUUCUGGUUCCUGAUCGUUCUGUCAGUUAGUGCGUGACUUGAGUGCUCGGUUUUAUGCAAGUGAGGAUGUGAAACCAAGGACGGGGAAACCACGGGAAGUGACGAGUUAGAAGGCUAGCCACUUGUAAAUUGAGCAUAGCUUUAGAUAAAUCAUGAUCUUGUAAACCAGAGUGUAUUUGGAGAUUUAUGAUAUCAGAGAGAUUUUAUAAUUUGAUCUUCAGAUUUUUAUGGUAUCAGAGUUCAGUGUGAUAAGUUCCGAGCCUUGUGCAUUUGUGGGACCCGUCUCACGAGUGCACGGCGUCUGCCACGUCCCCGGAUUUGGGUUCUGGGGCGUGACAAUUUGAUCAAAUAAUAUUUUCAAAUAUUGUUGAGAUGCAUUUAAUAUGUUUAAAUUUCUUAUUGUAGCAUUGAUUGUAUUCAUAUUUGGAUGGUAUAAUGUGAUAUUUUUAAAAUUUUAUAUAAUUAUGAUGCUAUGUAGAAAAGAACUUGAAUGAAAAAGAAUAAAAGUUUUGGGAUUUA